AUGUCAUUCCUCGGUGGCGCUGAGUGCUCGACGGCUGGAAAUCCGUUGACCCAGUUCACAAAGCACGUCCAAGAUGACAAGUCUCUACAACGCGAUCGACUUGUCGGGAGAGGCCCUGGGGGCAUGCAAGAAGGCAUGCGAUCCCAGGGCAUGAUGGGUGCUCAGGAUCCGAUGAUGGACGAAUUCGCCCAACAACCCGCCCAAAUGCCCGGUGCACCACCCCAGCCCUUUGCAAUGGAACACAUGAGACGCGAACUAGAACAAUUCCAAGCCGCUCCGCCGCGAACAGGAUCACCCGGAUGGGCGGCGGAAUUCGACGGUGGAGAACACGCCCGGAUGGAGGCUGCUUUUGCUGGACCGCAGGGUCCGAUGAUGAAUAAUGGAUCGGGCUUUACGCCGGCCGAAUUUGCCCGUUUCCAACAACAGAGUCACGUCGGGAUGCCUCAGACCGCUGGUACGGCGGCGUCGGCUGCGUCGCCGAUGAUGGCGGGUUAUCAGCGUCCGAUGGGAAUGGGAGGAAUGGGAAUGGGAGGUAUGGGUAUGGGUGGAAUGGGUAUGAUGCGGCCUACGUAUAGUCCUAUGGGAACGAUGCAGCAGCCGCAACCCGCGGAAGAGGCUAUGCAGGACAAGGGCAAGGGUCGUAUGGUCGAGUUGGACGAUCAGAACUGGGAGGCGCAGUUUGCGGAGAUAGAGACGGCGCAGACUAAUGAGGCUACUACGGACGAAGAGGCCAAUAAAGCUAUGGAGGCGGAGCUGAACGAUCUUGACAGGUCAGUCCCCACCACCACCGAAGAUGGUGGUUUUGAAAGCGUAUGGCGAAAAGUCCAAGCUGAGACGUCGGCGAACAGGAAACUGGUUGAAGAAGAGGGCGAUUUUGAUGUUACUGAUAACAUGCACAUGGGCGAUCUUGGAGAAUGGGACCAGUUCGAUGCUCUCAACACCCGUUCCCGAGACCCGCAGCUGGGCGACUACAUGUUCGAGGAGGAGAAUGUUUUCCGGAACGUGAGUGACCCGUUCGAGGAGGGUGUUAAGGUCUUGCGCGAAGGUGGCAAUCUGUCUUUGGCUGCGUUGGCUUUUGAAGCUGCUGUGCAGAAGGAUCCCUCGCAUGUGCGCGCCUGGACUAUGUUGGGAGCGGCGCAGGCUCAGAACGAGAAGGAACUCCCCGCAAUUCGUGCCCUGGAACAGGCUCUUAACACUGAUGGAAACAACCCUGACGCCCUUAUGGGCUUGGCUGUUUCCUACACUAACGAAGGAUACGACUCGACGGCAUACCGGACGCUUGAGCGAUGGCUUUCCGCCAAGUACCCUUCAGUCGUCGAUCCCAACAAUCUCUCAUCCGACGCGGACUUGGGCUUCACAGACCGUCAGAUCCUACACGACCGGGUCACCGAUCUUUUCAUCCAAGCUGCCCAGAUGUCACCUUCCGGAGAGCAUAUGGACCCAGACGUGCAGGUCGGUUUGGGUGUCCUCUUCUACUGUGCUGAAGAAUACGAUAAGGCCGUUGACUGCUUCUCUGCCGCACUGGCCUCUACCGAAUCCGGUACUGUGAACCAGCAAGAGCAGCUCCACCUCCUCUGGAACCGUCUCGGUGCCACCCUUGCCAACUCUGGCCGUUCUGAAGAGGCCAUUGAGGCGUACGAGCAGGCACUCACAAUCAACCCCAACUUCGUCCGCGCACGCUACAACCUGGGUGUCUCGUGCAUCAACAUUGGCUGCUACCCAGAAGCCGCUCAGCACCUGCUGGGCGCAUUGUCCAUGCACCGUGUUGUUGAGCAAGAAGGUCGCGAGCGUGCUCGCGACAUCAUCGGAGGCGAUAACGUCGACGAUGAGCAGUUGGAGCGCAUGCUUCAUGUCAGCCAGAACCAGAGUACGAAUCUGUACGAUACUCUGCGGAGAGUGUUUAGAAUCAUGACCACAGCAACCGGCGCGCAGCUAAUCGCGCGGACACUACGCGAUCUAGGCGUCACCGUGAUCUUCGGAAUCGUUGGUAUCCCCGUCGUGGAGAUAGCCGAAGAAGCCAUCAAUUUGGGGAUUCGAUUCGUCGCGUUCCGCAACGAGCAGGCGUGUAGCUAUGCCGCAAGUGUCUAUGGAUAUAUGACGGGGCGGCCGGGUGUUUGUCUUGUUGUUGGAGGGCCGGGGGUUCUUCAUGCGUUGGCGGGUAUUGGCAACGCGACAGCAAACAACUUCCCACUGAUCGUCCUCGCGGGCUCAGCAGAAACCAGCAACGUGACGAAAGGCUCCUUCCAAGAAAUGGACGCCAUCUCGUUCCUAACACCGCAUACCAAGCUCGCCGUCCGCGCAUCAACCCUCGACUCCAUCCCCGGCUCCGUGCAAAAUGCCUAUAGACUAUGCUGGUACGGUCGCCCGGGCCCGACAUACGUCGAUCUCCCCGCCGAUAUCAUCCAGGGUAAUGCUCCAGCCGGCACUGCGAUCCCGCCUCCUGAGAAGAUACUACUCCCGUCUCCGCCCAGGGCAAGCGGGGACCCGAAGAUGAUACUGAAGGCCGUGCAGUUGCUGAAGAGCGCGAGAGCGCCGUUGUUGGUUAUCGGGAAGGGAGCUGCGUAUGCGCGCGCGGAGACUGGGAUCAGGAAGUUAGUUGAGCAUACGCAGGUUCCUUUCUUGCCGACUCCAAUGGGGAAGGGUGUGAUUCCUGAUUCGCAUCCGCUGAAUGCGUCGAGUGCGCGCAGUGCGGCGCUGAAACAUGCGGAUGUCGCGCUGGUUCUUGGGGCGAGGUUGAAUUGGAUUCUGCACUAUGGAGAGCCGCCGAAGUGGUCGCCCAAGGCGAAGAUUAUCCAGGUGGAUAUCUGUGCGGAGGAGAUUGGGCGGAAUGCGGGGACUGCAGAGUUGGGGAUUGUUGGGGAUCUUGACCUCGUGGUUGAACAGUUGCAGCGUGCGUUGGCGAAUUGGCGAUAUGCGCCAUCGCCGUUGUCUGCCGGUAGACAGCCAUUUCCAGUAUUGCUGGCUGAAUCGGCGAAGAAGAAUGAGGCCAAAGCGCAAAAGGCAGCGCUGCUCAAGACACCAUCUUCUUCACCAUUGACCUACCAGCGCGCAUACCAUAUCAUCAAAUCAACCCUGAAUACACUUACACCCCCAGAAGCCGGUGAUAUUGUCUACGUCUCCGAAGGCGCCAACACAAUGGACAUCUCCCGUUCAGUCUUUCCGCUUUACCAUCCCCGUCAGCGCCUAGAUUCAGGUACCUACGCAACUAUGGGCGUGGGACUGGGCUACAUCAUUGCGGCGCAUGAAGCCUUCAAUGCCUCCGCAUCGCCCGGUACUACGCUAAACGCGGCAACAAAGCCAAAGAAGAUUGUCGCCCUGGAAGGAGACAGCGCCUUUGGAUUCAGCGCAAUGGAAAUCGAAACCAUGGCGCGCUACCGCAUCCCUGCACUCAUCUUCGUCAUGAACAACUCAGGCAUCUACCACGGUGACAGCACCAGUGAAGAUUCCUGGAAAUCCCUACAAAACCAAACAGUCACAAGUGACACGAAAGCAUCCAGCCCCGAAGAGGAAGGGAAGAAAGGUCUGCGAUCGACAAGUCUUCUGUACGAGACUAGAUACGAGCAGUUAGCCACGAUGUGCGGUGGGAAGGGCUAUUUUACUCGGAAUGAGGAGGAACUGGAGAAGGCUACGAGGGAGGGAUUCCUGAGUGAUAGUGUUACGGUUGUGAAUGUGGUUAUUGAGCCGGGGAUUGGGAAGAAGAUUGGGUUUGCGUGGCAGGGGGAUAACAAUAAGCAGGAGGCGAAGCUGUAA